AUGACUGUACUGCGCUUAACUUUCAUUAUAUUAAUAAAUGGCUGUAACAAGAUCGAGGUGACCUUUGACAUCGACGGCAAUGGCAUUCUGAACGUAUCAGCGGUGGACAAGAGCAUGGGCAAAGAGAACAAGAUCACCAUCACCAACGACAAGGGGCGGCUCAGCAAAGAAGAUAUUGAGAGGAUGGUGCAGGAUGCCGACAAAUACAAAGCUGAGGACGACGCACAGAGGGAGAAGAUAGCAGCCAAGAACUCCCUGGAGUCGUACGCCUUCAAUAUGAAGAAUAUGAAAUAA